AUUUUAUUGUUUACAAUAUAUAACCAAAUUAAUAUUAUCAACUCUGCUGAUACAAAUGGCACAAGCACAAAUAGUUCAUCAUCAAGUUCAGAGUAUAUAGUUGGUAGAUUUUAUUUUCAACAUUUCUUAAUUAUUAUAUUUGUUGUUGGUAUAAUGCUAUUUUUAUCAUUUUCAUUGAUCCAAGUAAGAAUUAGAUUAAAGAAUCGUAUGAUUGAUAGAAUACCUAGAAAUAUUAUGCCAUUUUUAAGACCUGGCGAUUUAUCAAAUAAACAGAGAACCAUUAUUUUAAAUGAAAUCGUUAGAUCAAAACAAAUUCAGUCACAAAUCGAACCAAUAAUGAUUGGAGAUUCACCAACAAUUAGUCAUUUAGGGUGGGGUCCACCAAAUACAGGUUACAGUAAAGUUCAUUUUAAAACUUCAAUAGCAAAGAGUUGGAUCGUUUUAGAAAAAGCAGCAACCCAUUACAACCCAGAAUUAAAAAGAGAUACAAAGCUGUGUAUUAGAGACUAUGUAGAGUUCCUAUUAGAAAAAUGCCCACAAAUAGAAAAGAAGUUUGCUUAUCAUUACAUCGAUAUUUAUGAAUGUGCUAGAUUUAGUGACCAAGAAUUUACCUUAGAAGAAUAUACAGAUUUUAUGUCAAAUCUAAUUGAACUAAUUAAAACUAUAGGUGGUGUUAAGGAUGAAAAUAACAAUAUAGAUGCAAGUGGUAGUACCAAUAGAAAUAGUGAUAAAUUUAAUUCAAUUAUCAAUGACAACGAAUAUUAUAAUUUUACAAGCAAUCAAUUUAAUAAUGACAUUAAC